AUGAUUAUUGUAUCGGAUGUUGUGACUCUCCAAGAGCGUGGCAAGUACCAGGGCAUCCUAGGUGGUGCCCUCGGCCUUGGAAAUGUGAUAGGUCCAUUUAUAGCGGCUGCAUUCAUUAUGAGAUCGACAUGGCGCGGAUUUUUCUGGCUUAUCUCUCCCCUGUCUGCGCUGUCGAUUGUUGUUGGAUAUCUUCUUAUCCCAAACAAUGCCCGGAAGGAUGGCUUCAAGAAGAACUUGGGAAGGAUUGAUUUCUAUGGCAUCCUUGCAUCUUCAAUUGCGGUUAUCUUUAUACUGCUUCCCAUUUCUGGGGGUGGUUCUUACUUCAACUGGGGCUCUGCCAUGGUCAUCAGUAUGCUGACCAUUGGCGGUUGCUCGCUUAUUGCAUUCAUCUUCAUUGAAUGGAAAGUAGCCGUGCUACCUAUGCUUCCCAUUGUGUUCUUCAAGAACAAGGUGAUUUGCGCACUUUUCCUACAAAGCUUUCUGCUGGGAGCCGUUUACCAAGCCUAUCUCUACUAUCUGCCACUCUACUAUCAGAACGCGCGAGGAUGGACACCGAUUGUUUCUGCUGCCCUAACAGCACCUAUGGUCGCCUGCCAAUCGAUUGCCUCUAUCGCAUCAGGCCAAUAUAUCUCACGACUCCAACGUUAUGGAGAAGUGAUUUGGUGCGGGUUCGGCCUCUGGACAUUAGGUGCUGGGUUGAUGCUGCUUUUCGAUCGCACAACUAACCCCGGUAUCAUCGCUGUUAUCGUUGGAAUUGCUGGAAUCGGGGUUGGAUUUACAUUCCAACCGACCAUGGUUGCCUUCCAAGCACACGCCACAAAAUCACAACGUGCUGUCGUCAUCUCAGACCGCAACUACUUCCGUUGCUUGGGAGGUGCAUGCGGACUGGCCAUUUCUGCUGCUCUCCUACAAGCCACGCUGAAGUCCAAUCUGCCAGAUGGAUACCAAAAUUUAGCCCACUCUACAUACAGUCUCCCAUCAAAAUCCAGUAUUCCCGAGGCAGACUGGGAGAACAUCCUUACUGCGUAUGCAAAGGCUUCUCAUGCGGUAUUUAUCUUGCAGGUCCCCCUUAUCGGAUUGGCUUUUAUUGCGUGCAUGUUUAUUCGGGAUCGAGGUUUGGAGAGACCGAAGGAUCCUCAUGAGGAGGAGGCAAUCAAAGAGCAGCAACAGCAACAGCAUCAACAGCAAAACCAAGAGAAGUCUGACGCCCAGGAUCAAUCCGGGCAGGCGCCCGACACAGAGGUGGUCGAGGAACGGCCGACCUCUCAGAAUAAGGAAUAUAUCCGCUCCCUGGAAGAUCGUGUUGCAUAUCUCCAAUCUGAGCUGGAAAUUAGACCAGCAAGGACUGACCCUGGUAGCAAUGUCACUCAGUCCACCCCGACUACUUUUCAGUCCUCUGAGAACCGAAACACGGCAGAGAGACCAUCAACAACUGGCAUCGACAAUAAUGCCGUUGGAGAGCUUGUCGGCUUUCUUGCUUUGAAUUCGGAGGCCCCGGCAUAUGUGGGCUCCAGCUCGGGGCUUCCACUUGCUUCAAAUCUUGGAGAAAUGGUUCAGGCGACGGUGUGGAAUCAAUUUCUUAAUCCGUCGCGGGCUCAGCAAACCUUCGCGAGUCAAGGUAAUAGACCGAAUUCGAGUCAUAGGACAUUAGACCCGACCGCUCAACCGUCGAGCACUAGUGGCCCUCUCGGACAGGGGAGGACAGAAGAGCUGCUGAAAGGCGCAGAACCCCCGAAUGAUGAAAUGGGGUCCAAGGUUUUGCAGGCAUACUUGACCAGGAUCCAUGUUCGUUAUCCUCUUCUUGACAGGGAUGAAUUGUGGCGGUUACAUGGGAACCGUUGGCGCUUGGCGAAGCUGAAGCCUGAGGAGAUUACCAGAAAUGAAAGAUUUGGCAUCUUCAAGUUAUACUUGGUGUACGCUAUUGGAGCGACGAUGAUCCAGUUGAGUGAGAAGUAUACCUAUAUGAAUCCUGAGAGAUACUACAUGACCGCUUUACAACAAGCACCCGCCAUGUGCGAGACACGGUCAAUUGAAAACAUCGAAGCCAUGACUCUCCUUGUGGUGUACCAUCUCCGAUCCUCCUCGAGUCAAGGCAUCUGGUAUAUGAUUGGACUCGCGAUGCGCAUUGCUAUUGAUCUGGGGCUCCAUCGAAAAGCGAACGAGGCCAACCUCGACCCGUUCACUGCGCAGAUGCGCCGACGACUCUUCUGGAACGUCUAUUACCUAGAGAGGGUCAUAUCUAUGUCUCUUGGCCGUCCUUUCAGCAUCGCAGAUCGGCAUAUUGAUCUCCCUUUACCCUUGGAUGUAGAUGAUACGGUGCAAGAUCCGGCAUUACUGGCUGCUCCUCCACCCUCUGACCGGACGACUACAUUGACCUUCGCGGUGUAUCUUAUUCAACUUCGUCGCAUCGAUUCCAGAAUACAGCACAAAAUCUACCGCGCAGAUAAGCCACUGCACACUCUACGCUCAAAAAUGGACCGGCUGUUCCUUGAAUUGCAGGAAUGGAGGGAAUCCGCACUUCUGCGUAAUUUUAGCGGUUCGGAUUUGGACUACACAACGCUCCAUUACAACCGCGCGUUGCGGAUUCUAAUCCAACCGUUCUUACCAGCUCUCUCGCUUGCAGAUCCAUACUAUCAUAUUUGUCUCAAUGCUGCAGGGGACAUCUGCCAGACCCACAAAAGGCUUCAUCAGACGCUUGAAUAUGGCCAUUCCUUCCUGGCAGUUCAGACUGUUUUCAUGGGGGGAAUUACGCUCUUGUAUGCACUUUGGACGCACACGAAUGAGGUCUGGUCUGUCAGGAUGAGCAAUGAUAUCCGCGCCUGCUCAACGGUCUUAUUCGUGAUGGGUGAACGAGCAGCAUGGGUGAAAAAGUACCGCGAUGCAUUCGAACUGCUCGUCAACGCUGCAAUGGAGAAACUCGAAGGAAAUGAGAACACCAAGGCUGCAGGGAUGGCUGAGUUGAUGACAGCUCAACACAAUCAAUGCACAAAUGCCGUUCCCGACAACACUACUGCCUUUGGUAUGCCCAAGAACGAAGAUAUUACCGCGAGCAAUAUGCCGACUGAGAAUCCAAUCGGACUGAUGCCCGAGCCGGCGCUAGGAGGAAUAACUCAACAACAGAUGGAUAGUAACUACUACGGAGUGCGGAUGGCUUUACAUCUUGCUCCUUGGAUCGACUUGGAUGCGGACAGUCCAUUUUGGAUGCCUGACUUCGAGACGUUGGAGAAUUUGUCUGGGAUGCAGUGGAAUUAUGGAGAUCCGGCUCCAUUUGACGCGCUUUGA